AACUCGUCAUUUGGUCUGCCACUUGUUUGGAAAACGAUUUUCCUUCUGAUUAUUGCACUAAAAGAUUUGUGAUGAUUUUCCUGAAAAUCUUCCCAGAAGUAUUCAUGAUUCUGUCACUACAGAGUGGUUUUGCUUGUGUUCAGGAGACAGUGCCUUGUAACAGUCUGUGGGGAAAGGUGGGGGACUUCUCUCGAUGUAGCCACUGGAGACUGAAUCCUCAAGUCUCCAUCCCUGCUCUGCAAGAACUGACCGUCUGCCUUAAUCUGAAAGUUAAGGCUGAACUUACUUCCCUACUACCAACAACAGUCUUCAUGUACAGACAUCCUGCUGCUCAGUAUGCUGAGCUGGGCUUGGGCGUAAAAGGAAAGCUUUUGGUUGUCUGGUUGUUUGGGGAGGAGUGGAAAACCCUGCCAGUAAACCUCUACCUGUCCCAGUGGUACUCAGUGUGCAUCACCUGGUCUCAAACAAACAACCUUACCCUGUUUGUUAAUGGGGAGCGAAUAAACAUGACGGCAGUUUCUUAUCCAAGACCUUCCUCCUUCGCAUCCCCCUCAAGCUGCAAGCUGUCCCCCAAUGGGUCUCUCAGUUUGGGUGCAGGACACUAUAUUGAUAAGGGAAAUAUUCAGGUGAUUCCAUACAGCAGUUUCCCAGGCAAAUUAUCCAUGUUUCGGAUGUGGGGGAAAGAGCGCAGCAAAGCAGAAGUGACGUCUUUGAAAUGCACAGAGGGGGACAUAGUGAAGUGGGAAGAGGAUCACUGGGACACACUGUCCUGCGGAAGCAGCAAAGAUUUAAGCCUCCUGUGCGAAUGGUCCUUUUAUGAAGUGAGAUUGCUCAUUGAGAUCAUCCGCUACGACCAGAACAACACUGAGCUCUACAGAGCCAGAGACAUCGCUCAUCGCUGGCUGCGAGUGGUUCUGCCAAAAAGCAUCUAUCUACACAGAGUGUCUGUGUUUGACAUCAUCAGCUCUUCCAGUGAAGAACGUUUAGGAGGAGCGACACCAGCUGAAGACAAGCUGAAGGAGUGGGCGGGGCCUAAUAUCAACAGGUUUUACUGUCUGGUUCAUGCCACAGUCUCCCCUCCCAUGGAUGUGGCGUAUGUGCAGAAUGAGAUACACAAUGACCUCAUGGAAGCCUACCAUGACCCUAGCGGUGUGCUGCAGCUGAGGGCGGAUAUCUAUACCAUACGGACCACUCCUGUUGAUAGCUUCUCCAUUGCCACCAUCAGCCCUCCUCCAGUGGAGACAGACCCCACUCUUUCCACAACCACCAACCAUAUAGCUGGAAUCUCUUCUUCUAGUCCCUCACCAACCACCACGCCUGAAGUCCCAUACACUAGCAUGACCACUAGCAUGACCAUGACCACUCCCACAACCAUGACAACGACCAGGACCACUCCCACCAGAGAAACAUCUACCACCAUCUUCCCAACAGGCCUUACAAAUGUCUCUGAUCUGUAUUUUGAGAUUAAGAUGAAUGUGUCCAUAACAGGAGAUUAUAACCCUCAAGAAGUCCUGCCUAUCUGGCUCAACGUGAGUCUACCUGAUGACCGGAUGGUUGUGCUGGACAUUCAGCUGAUCACCAAAGCUGAAAGACAGUUGUCCUAUCUGCAAUCAAAAAACAUUUCCUCUGAUGCAGUGUCCAUACGCCAAGCAUCAAGAGAAAGAUUGAUUUUCCAGGUCCAAGUCUUGAUGCUGUUUGCAGACACACAGGAAAUAGUAAAGCAGAUCCGGGAUCUACUGUUGAUCCCGUAUAACAAUGGCUCGAUCACCAUAGCAACAGAGGACAUAGAGAUAAGUCGCAUUUUGGUAUAUAAAUGCAACAUGGAAACCCAGCAGACGCUGAAAGGUCAGUUUACGUGGCUUGAAACUUCAGGAGGAAAAACUGCAGCACUGUCAUGCCCAAAAAACCCUCUCCACUCUGCCACUCGACACUGCAAAGUUUGCAUGCUGACCCACUGGCUGGAUUCAAAUUUGGAAGACUGCGACCGAAUGGUGGAAACUAUCCCCGAUCUGGAUGAUAUAAUAGUUACUCCUGAAAAUGCAAUGGAUGUGGUGGAGACAAUUGAAGAUUUAUUAAGAGACAGCUCCACUCUGCUCUACGAGGACAUGGUCACAGUCCUCAACAAGCUGAAGGUUAUUCUAAACGUUAGUGUGGUCACACCCAACCUGGGCCAAGCUGUAAUCAAUGUCAUUUCAAACAUACUGGAAUCAGACAGCAACUUGACACCUUUUACCAACACUAUUUUAAACAUUACAGAGUCUGUGGGGGACAGGAUUGUGGGAUACGAAGGCUCCUUCACCCUGGUUGCUCCGGCGAUGGCUCUCUCAGUGGUGGAUGUAUUUCCUGAUCAGUUUGACAGCUUAUACUUUGGAGUGACGUGUGACCUGACUGGUAUAAACCCUGAGAUUUGUAUUGAUGAAUGUCCCCCCAAUGGCACAGUGGCGUUUAUCUCCCUUCCAUCUAUCCUGAAGGACAGCUUUCCAGAACACGACCUAAACCAGAACCCGAUGAGAGUCCAGUUUCAGUUCUACGGCAUCCCACUGCUCUUCCAGCACAACCACAAGCAGCACAUCCUGAACAGCUUCGUGGUGUCUGCCAGUGUGACCAACAUCAGCGCACCAAUCAGAGACCUGGCUGAAGACGUCACCGUCAUGCUCCACCAUAUGAAGCCGAAUGCACUUCACAAAGACGUGCAGUGUGUGUACUGGAACUUUAAUAAAAACAACGGACACGGAGGCUGGGAUGACGAAGGCUGCCGUAAACACAACAGCAGCUCUGACUACACAACCUGCCUGUGCAAUCACCUCACACACUUUGGAGUUCUUCUGGACGUCUCCCGGAUUCAGCUGGACCCUGCUAAUGACCAGAUCCUCACCAUCAUAACCUAUGUGGGCUGUGGACUCUCGUCUCUGUUUUUGGGAAUCACUGUCCUCACUUACACAAUUUUCGACAAGCUUCGCCGAGACUACCCGUCUCAGAUCCUGAUCAACCUGUCCUUGGCCCUGCUGGGCCUGAACCUGGUGUUUCUGGUCAACUCCUGGUUGUCCUCUUGGGGGGUGUACGGCCUCUGUGUGGCUGUUGCCUCCACCCUGCACUACUUCCUCCUGGCUUCCUUUAGCUGGAUGGGCUUGGAGGCCGUUAACAUGUACUUCGCCCUCGUCAAAGUUUUUAACGUCUACGUGCCCUCCUAUAUUCUCAAGUUCUGCGCUCUGGGAUGGGGGAUUCCACUGGUGGUGUGCGUCCUGGUGCUCAUUAUCAACAAAGAGGCUUAUGGCGGUCACAUGACAACCCACUCUGCCUUGCUAACGAUGAACAAUACUGACAACUUUUGCUGGAUUCAGGACAACAUAACAUUUUAUGUUUCCGUCGUUGCCUACGCAGCACUGCUCUUUCUCUUCAACAUCGGGGUGUUUGUGGUGGUUUUGAUUCAAAUCCGCAGAAUGCGUGUCAACAGUCCCGCGGGGACCCCAAGAGGACUUCUGCAUGACCUGAAGGGAGUGGCCAGCCUCACCUUGUUACUUGGACUAACAUGGACAGUUGGCUUCUUCACCUGGGGGCCAGCGAGGAUUUUCAUGCUGUACCUGUUCUCUGUGCUCAACACACUGCAAGGUCUUUUCAUCUUCAUCUUUCACUGUCUGAUGAAGGAGAACGUCAGGAAGCAGUUUAGAAUUCACCUGUGCUUUGGACGUUUCCGACUGGAUGAGUACUCUGAAUGGAGCAACUCCGCGUCGGUUGGAGUCAAGGCCGAACCCAGAGAGAAUCUCCCAAGAGCGGCGUCGCAGUCCUUCCAGUCAGUGAAGUCCAGCUCCACAGAGAGCACGUCCGCCUCUUCGGACUCCAGCCAGAGAGAUUCGUCCUGCAAGAGACCCCACCUGGGUCUGUUUGUGAACAGCCUGGCUCUGCCUCGAGUCCAGAGAGGCCCCCCAGAUACCAAGACUCUGGCUUCCUACAGGGGGGUAAACUAAACAACAGACUGGAGAACUCACUUUCUGGUCGAGCGGGCACAGAAGACACAUUUCCUCGUCUGCACAACUCCAAAUUCAAAGUGGGUUAUGCCGCCUUUAGCGACAGCGGGCGCACAUAUGUAAUUAACACAGAGUGCAGCCACACGGAUAUCUACAAGGCAACAGCUUCAUUAGGUGAUUCUUUCAAGCAGUUCUUUUGUUGAUUUUGUUUUUGCUAAAUAUUGUAAAUGAGCCUACAAUUAUGGAGACAUGAGCAGUUGCAUCACUUCCAAGGAGGAGUUGGUUGCCAAGCAACUGGUGAACAGAGCUGUGGUGACAAUGAACCGUGGCAUAGUUUGAAGGGGGGAAAAAAGAAAAAACACACAAGUAUGACAAAAGUGUCACCUUGCAUACUCUUUCCAAAACAUUUUAUUCUGCUUCAAUCAGCGGUAAUGUGAUUCUGAAUGUCGCUUUGUUCUUGUGAAGUCAGACAUCUUUGAAGUGAUCAUCAGGGCGACAAAUCGGAGCCUUUUUCUGGUCAUAUUCAGCAGAGCUUUCCAUUGAUUUUAAACGAAACACAAACUCCAGAUAUGCCGAGGUGUGUAUGUACAGAUCAAUCAAUGAGAAAUAAAAAAUCCUUACAGUGUCAUUCUUUUUGAGAUUUCCUGUUGCUGCCAUGUCGUUCAUCAGUCAUCUGCAUUAAAAAGAGAACAGUGAGGCCACAAA